AACUAACGGUUCUAACAGGUCAGAUUAAUUGUGCCAAACGUUCAUUGUUACAUCGAGUCGUUCAGUCUGUGUAAAUUGUUCAUCUUGCGAAAACAUUGAGUGUUGCAACAAACAUUAAAUAUGCAAAGUGAGACCGUGAAGAUAAAACUGUUCGACGAACUGACGCGCAGUUUCAAAGUGGUCAAGGCAUUUGAAAACGGCGAUCGAAUUACGGCCAUAGACUUUUCGCCAGACGGAGAACAAUUGAUGUCCUGCAGUGCAGACGAUACAAUUUCGAUUUACAAUUGUGAACUGGGCAUUCAAACGGCUCUGCUUAAUUCGAAAAAGUAUGGAGUGGAUCUGAUUCGUUUCACCGACGAAGGCGGUACGGCCAUUCAUAGUUCGACGAAAAUUGAUGACAAUAUUCGUUAUUUAAACGUGAACAACAACAAGUACUUCCACUACUUUACUGGUCAUGCGAAGAAAGUCGUUUCGUUGUCUGUCUCACCGAGCAACAACACCUUCCUAUCCACUUCAUUGGAUAAAACGUUGCGAAUGUGGGAUCUACGGUUGAAAGAUUAUCAAAAAAUGUUACACAUCACGGGUCGACCAAUAGCUGCUUACGACCCGGAUGGCAUAGUAUUUGCUGUCGGUGUCAAUUCCGGAUCAGGAAGCAUCAAACUGUACGACACUCGAGUGUUCGACAAGGGCCCGUUUUCCACAUUCAAAAUGAGCGGUGAAAAGGAAUGCGACUGGAUCUCGCUGAAAUUUUCGAACGACGGGAAAACUAUUUUGAUCAGUACGGACGGCUCGUCUUCACUAUUAAUCGAUGCAUUUUUCGGAACUCAUCUGCAAACUCUAACCGGAUACGCAAACAACGAUGGCAUACCGAUCGAAUCUUCGUUCAGUCCCGACUCUCAAUACGUUUUUGCUGGCAGUUCCGAUGGUCGGGUACAUGUGUGGAAUGCCGCGUCUGGCUACAAAGUUUGUGUUUUAAACAGUGGCCAUCCUUCACCGGUCCAAUGUGUACAAUUCAAUCCCAAGUAUGUUAUGUUUUCAUCUGCCUGUUCAGAUGUGGCAUUUUGGUUGCCAACUGUUGUUAAUAUUGACGAAAUUUAAUGGAUUUGAUUGAUAAAAUAAAGAAAGAAAUCCAAAUGUG